GAUAAUUCUCAACAAAAUCGUUUACUUUCAACUGUUCGAAAUCGGUUAGGACAAAUUGCCUCGACACUUCAGGCGGCCAUCCGAUUCCGAAGAUUUUCUAGGAAAGAAUCAAACGCCACUCCGGAUUGGUUUGUGGACAAAAGCCAUCUUGAUGAAAAUGCGGCGGGAGACAAGGACGAUGAAAAGGGACCCACUUGUUAUGGACACCGUAUUGUUGUUGACCCCACGAAGUUGUCACAUUAUGUGUGGCUCAUGGUGGUAUCAUUGGCAGUCCUAUACAACGUUAUUUUCGUCCUAGGAAGGGCAGUGUUUUGGGAACUAAAUAACAAAGCCGAAGUUACCCCUUUAUGGUGGACUUUGGACUACCUCUGUGAUGCUAUAUACAUUAUCGACGCCUUGGUGCACGCACACGAAGGCUAUUUGGAACAAGGUCUUCUCGUGACAGAUCCGCAGAAGCUGCGAGCGCACUACCUUCAAUCAAAGUCCUGGAGGACGGACAUCUUGUGCGUGCUGCCCACGGAUCUGGCGUAUAUCUGGUGGCCACCAUUCGAAUGCGAUUUAACAGUGCCGUGCCCGGUGAUAGUUAGACUAAAUAGAUUAUUUAAAUUACCCCGUUUGUGGGAGUGGUUCGAAAGAACAGAAACCGACACUAACUAUCCAAACGUUUUUAGAAUAUGCAAAGUGGUGCUCGCUAUUUUAGUGUUAAUACAUUGGAACGCUUGUUUGUAUUUUGCUAUUAGUUAUUUUAUCGGCUUCGGGUCUGAUAACUGGGUGUACAAUUUGAAUGGAACACAAAAUGCUUCUCUCACUAGACAAUAUAUUUAUAGUUUCUAUUGGUCGACAUUGACUCUGACUACUAUCGGUGAAACCCCAGUGCCUGAAAACGACGCCGAGUAUUUGUUCGUUGUUGCGGAUUUCUUGGCGGGAGUUCUUAUUUUUGCCACCAUUGUCGGUAACAUCGGCUCGAUGAUAUCAAACAUGAACGUCGCCAGAGUCGAUUUCCAGAACCGCAUGGACGGCGUCAAGCAGUACAUGGCAUUCCGGAAAGUCGGGCGAGAAUUAGAAGCUCGGGUAAUACGAUGGUUUGCGUAUACGUGGGCAGAAAGUGGCGCCCUAGAUGAGGAAAGGGUUUUGUCGGCAUUGCCAGAUAAAUUAAAGGCGGAAAUUGCCAUUAGGGUGCAUCUGGACACUCUCAGGAAAGUCCGGAUAUUUCAGGAUUGCGAGCCUGGUCUCCUGGAAGCGCUCGUCCUUAAACUCAGAUUGCAGGUUUUUUCACCCGGAGAUUACAUCUGCAGGAAAGGUGACGUCGGUAAAGAAAUGUACAUCGUCAAGAGAGGGAGAUUACAGGUGGUGGCUGACGAUGGUUAUACAGUUUUGGCCACUCUUGGCGCUGGCUCCGUAUUCGGCGAAGUUAGCGUCUUGGAUAUUGUCGGAAAUCGUACAGGAAAUAGGAGGACUGCCAAUGUCCGGUCUCUGGGCUAUUCAGAUCUCUUUUGUUUAGCGAAAGACGAUCUUUUAGUCGCUUUAGCCGAUUAUCCAGAAGCUCGAGCAACGCUAACAGAACGCGGUUGCCAACUUCUGCGAAAAGAUGGCCUUUUGGACGAAGAGCAAUUCCGGAACGCAAAAGAUACCCAAGAAUCGAUGAGCGACAGUAUAAAAAAGUUGGAGAGCACGGUGGAAACUUUGCAGAUUCGAUUGGCAAGACUCUUGGCCGAAUUUACUGCAAGUCAAGCCAAAAUCAAACAGAGACUUACGAGAGUAGAGACAAA